UCUUUCCAGUCAUAACUAUAGAAUAACAAUUUUAACACUUUUGCUUCAUAACAAAAGUACAAGUAAUAUUAAUCUUUUUAUAUCUCUCUUUCUAUAGUUGUAAUUAUAGAAAAAACCUAGAUCAUAUAAAGCAAGCAUUAUCAUGUUUAUAUUUGAUAUCAAUUUUGGUUUGUCAAUUAAAUACUGACAAGCCAACUAGGUGUCAGUUUUGUAAGUUUUUUUUAAUGUAAUUUCUUAGUCUAUUGGUAAGUUUUUAAAAGAAGCGUAAUCUUGGUGUGUUUUAGUCACUCCAUGGAUUCCUGUGGGCAGCUCAGAGCAGAAGACAAGCAGUCGGUGAUGAACAGGGUGCAGAAGAAGUUCUGGAAGACUAAACAGGUCUUCAUCAAAGCCACAGGAAAGAAGGAGGACGAGCAUGUGGUUGCAUCAGACGCAGAACUGGAUGCUAAGCUAGAGGUUUUUCACUCCAUCCAGGAGACAUGCAAUGAACUUCUGAAGAUAGUUGAGAAAUAUCAGCUAAGACUCAAUGUUAUAUCAGAGGAAGAAAAUGAACUCGGGCUCUUUUUAAAGUUCCAAGCAGAACGGGACACCACUCAAGCUGGUAAAAUGAUGGACGCGGCUGGCAAGGCUCUGUGCUCCUCAGCCAAGCAAAGAUUGGCCUUGUGCACUCCCCUGUCUCGUCUUAAGCAAGAAGUAGCAACGUUCAGCCAGAGGGCCGUUUCUGACACUUUGAUGACCAUUAAUCGCAUGGAGCGGGCUCGCACAGAAUACAGAGGAGCCCUGCUGUGGAUGAAGGAUGCAUCCCAGGAGCUCGACCCAGACACCUUAAAACAAAUGGAAAAGUUUAGAAAAGUACAGAUCCAAGUGAAAAACAGCAAAGGUUCUUUUGACAAGUUAAAGAUGGAUGUCUGUCAGAAAGUGGAUCUGCUGGGAGCCAGUCGCUGCAAUAUGCUGUCUCAUUCUCUGACUACUUACCAGAGAACAUUGCUUGGGUUCUGGGAGAAAACAGCUCAAAUGAUGUCCCAAAUCCAGGAGGCCUGUGCUGACGUUCAUCCAUAUGACUUCAUAGCUCUCAAGCGGCUACAAGACACACCAGGAAAUGUCACUGCAGACAACGAGGAAGAAGAAGCGGAAGGCAGCUGUCUUACUGCAGACCUCAAUAAGGUAGCUUUGUCAGAAGAGGAAGAAAGCGGUGAGAGAAAACCAGCAGUGGCAAAAGCUCUGCCUAGAGACUCGCUGGAAGGAGAUGACUUUGAGAAGGAAUUCGCAUUUCUGAACAGCCUCCUGAGCCCCACUUCUUCGAGUGCUAGUGAGCUUCCCCAGGAAUGUCAGACAGCCUGUGGGAGCCCCAGUGCUGGCCUCACAGCCCAGGAGCCUCCGGUGGGAGCCUCCCAGUUCCUCCCUUCACAGCUCUUGGACCUCGGCCUUCAUGCGGAAGGAGCUUCCAAAAGCUGGGGCUCCCAAGAGGGAUCAGAACACCCCGAUACCCUGCCGGUGCCUUCACAGCGUCCAAAGAAAUUAAAAUCCCCCAACAAUGGUAACCAAGACAUGUCAGCCUGGUUCAAUCUAUUUGCAGACUUGGAUCCGCUCUCCAACCCAGACGCCAUCGGACACUCAGAAGAUGAACUUCUCAACGCCUGACUGGGACCCCAGGUUCAGGGGUCUCAAGGCGGCAACUGUGCAGCGCUGGCCUUUGUGGAGAGGAGUCUCCCUGCCACCACACACAGACGCAUGUGUUCAGGACAGGACUGAGGGUCUGGUGUCUGAGAAGCCUGUGUAUUUAUUGUGCUGGAUGUGAAAGCUGUUGAUUGUGGAAAUUUUUAGAAACUCCCGAGUUUGCAAUACUGAGAAACCAAACUUAUGUCUGAAUCUCAGGAGUAUGGCGUGUUUCUUUGGGAAGUGUUUUACAUUCAAGUCAGUUUGCUGUGAGCGGGUUAAGAAUAGGAUAUAAAGCGGCGGUCAUUUGGGGUUAGUUUUUUGAUACUGGAGGUGUUUUCUGUUCGGGGGAACAGCAACAGAAUAGAAAGCCUUUUCCCUGAUUGCAACGUAGAGCAAGAGAAUUCAGUCCGCUUCACUGAAAUUAGAGAAACUCGUGCUUGCUUUUCUGUAUUUGGAAGACAAAUGCGAUGUUCCGUUCGCUCACACGCGAUCAUGGAGACACCACGUGCCGCCAUUAGUAGCAGGGUGGACAUGGAGCCUGGACAGACCCGACAGUUUCAGACUGCUACAGAACUUCCGCAUGACCAACAGGGGCAGUUCCUAACGCCGCGUCUUGAUACGUAUUUGUGUUCUCUCGUUUCUCCACACGGUUUAAUCCAGAGGGCUUUCUGACAGACGUGGAAACAUCCACAGAAAGUGAGGAGCGGCCUGUGUUCUUCCUGACUCCUGAGGUGACAUAUGAUUAGUAAGCAGAAGAUACUGCAGAGUUUAGGAUCUAGGUUCUGGAGGGCAGGCUGGUUAGUGGCCGCUGGACAAGCUGGUGAAAGCGUAGCUCAUGCUCCCUGCCCUUUCCUGCUCACCCUUUAAUUUGGGGGUUUUCCCUCGACCUCAAGGAACAAAAUCCUACAUCUUGGGUCUGUGCUAUUUUUCUUUGCAAAAGUAUUCUUCCCGGUGCGUUACUUCACAGUAUAUCUUCCUCACAGGCAUCUGAAGCAGCCUGUUCUCUGGUGUAAAAUCACACCUCAGUGAGUAGAAGAUCAAUGCCCUCUCCACACAAAGCCUAGACCCUCAACUAUGAAAAUAAAGGGCCAAUACCUUCCAUUUUCCCAGAUCAAAGUCACCACAAAUCGAUACACAUACAAUUAUCACUGCUCAGUUUUAGGUCACCCUUUAGGUACAGUGUAUGACUUAUUUCCUGCUUGAUCAAGAAGUAACACAAUACAUAACUUUGAAAA